AUGCAGGUGACUGCUCUGGACACACUCACUGGCACGGUUGCACGCUCACACCCAGACUGCAGAGACGGAUGGCUAGAAGCCAGAUUGCAUCCUGUGGUCCUGACCGCACUACAGCGUGUGGAGGGGAAGCCUGAUUGCCUGAGGCUUCACUGGGAAGAGAGCGGCUAUUUUGCCCCAUCAAAGACAGAGGUGACGACCAAAAACAUCCUGCAGAUGCAGAUCGAACUUCACUCAGCUGAGCAGGGUCAGAUCCUAAUCCAGAACAGGACCGUGUCCGACUUCUCCUUUCUGGUGUGUGACCUCGUCCCCAACCGCGUACGCUACUCGGCCCGCGUGCGGUGCCGUCUUGACCUCGGUCAGGGCCAUUGGAGUACAUGGAGCAACCAACUCAUCAACAGUACUGCAGAGGACGUUCCGUCCACCUCUCCUCUGGUCUGGAGCUUCAUGGAGGCCGAACGUGUUACUCUACUGUGGAAGGCUCCAUCGCGGCCUAAUGGGCGGAUAAUGAACUACAGUGUGGCGUGCCAGGAUCUCCACAGCAGCAAGCUGGACCAUAGCAACAACAAAGAUGCUGAUGCUGAUGGUGAUGGUGAUGGUGAGGGUGAUGGACGCGUCAGCGGUUGUGCUUCGAUGGGCCAACGGUGUCUUGGGUCGGCACGGCAACAGCUGCAGCUGUCUUGCCCGAUGUCCUUACCCUCCGCAAACACACACGGCGGCCGCCCGGGUGAAUGUGUGUGCUCCGUACGAGCUUCCAACUCGGCCGGGGCGUCACCAAGUGGAUAUGUCAUCGUGGGAUCAAAAGGCUCCAGAGGACCGCCCCUGUCCUCCCUGCACUUCACCCCACUCGGGGAUCACCAACUGGGGCUGCGCUGGAGCCUUGGCCUGGGUGGAGGUCCAGUGGAGGGGGAGGGGGAGGAGGUGCAGGGCUUUAUAGUCCAGUGGUCAUCGGAGUACCCUACCACACCAGAGAGCCUGUACUGGGACUGGGUGAAUGGAUCAUCCAGGGACUACGUCAUCAGAGAGGGUCUGGAGCCCGAGGCUCCAUGCAAUGUGUCCGUCCGCGCCCUCUACCGCCUCGACCAAUCACCGGCCCCCAUCUACAGAGGCGUCGGCCAACGGGAAGGGUCGAUCAUAUCCAUCAGCCAACCAGGUCCUGCCAUUUACAGAGCUGCCUUUACUCGGCAAGGAGCGCCCUCUGCUGGUCCUGAACUGGAAUCAGAAGGUGCCGUUCCUGACAGCCUGACCCUGAGAUGGAGGCCCCUCCCCCUCAAGCAGCUGCGGGGCUUCCUGAUUGGAUACUCGUUAGUGUACGCCAGUGACAACGGAGACAGACACCGGGAACCGGUCUUGGGGAACCGGACGUCGAUUACUCUCCGAGGACUAAAGGGGAUCUACAACAUGUGUAUAGAGGCCAGGACACAAGGGGGCGCUACACUGGGCCCAUGCAUGACUUUUCACAUGUCAGGAGAGUCGGCGGCCUUCUCCGUGGUGAUUGGCUGGACCAUUACAGCGUUGGGGGUGCUGAUUGCCCUGCUCGUACUGACCUUUGCACUCAGAGCAAGGCUCCACAGGUCUCUUGGUCUGGCCAUCCCCAACCCCUCCAGGUCCAGCGUCUCCUCAUGGCCCUCCCCACACCUCUGGCAGAACGGUCUAGUUUUCCAUCAACCUGAAGAGCUCCUCCACUCCCUAAACCUGUCCCUCCCUCUUGGCCAAUCAAAUCGCGAGUUCAACACCCUCCACCAACCACAUUGCGAGUUCAUCGCCCUCCACCAAUCAAAACGCGAGUUCAACGCCCUCAGACCCGCCCAGCUGUUCCCUCUGAACCAAUUACAAGCUCAAUGGACGCCAUUCCACCAAUCACAUUGCGAGUUCAACUUCAACGCCCUUAGACCCGCCCAGCUGUUCCCUGUGCACCAUGGCAGACAUGGACGUUCUGAAGCUCAACAGAGGCAAUUCGACAAAUCACAGCUCAAGACGCUCAAUGCCCUCGACCAACCAGAAGCCUGCAGAAGGCCGUCCAGCCAAUGGGAGAGGGAGUUCAGUCCCGUCGUGCUCAGAUACGCCCAGAUAUUGCCCAGCCAAUCAGAAUCCGACCUCACCUCCACCUCCGGUGACGACGGAACGCCUCUCGUCCAAUCAGAGGAGUGCUACAAGCCUCUCGUCCAAUCGGAGGAGUGCUACAAGCCUCUCGUCCAAUCGGAGGAGGACUACAAGCAGCUGAACCAAUCAGGAAGCAGAGUGACACUUGCUGCUCACUGCCUUUUCCAACCAGCUCUGAGGAGAGCAGACGGUUCUCCAGUGAGAUCACCCGGUCACAUCACCCGGACUCACAACAACCAAUCAGAGAAGGACCUGCAAUCUCCCAGCCUAUCCCAGUCGAGGACACAGACACCGACCAGCCAGUCAGAUUGCAGAGCCGCGUCUUGCUCUCUGGCAUGCGGCCAACCGGACGCUGACUUUUCUGCACGCCUACGUCUCCACCAGUGAUGCGCGGGCUGACCCGAAAGCAGCGGGCGCUUGCAAUUAACUGCGGUCGACCGCAGGCACGGGUUAUGAAAUAUUAUUUUUAAUGAAAUUCGGGUCGGGUGCGGUCGGUCAGGACCUUUGAAAUGAUGCCGAAUUUUAAAGUAGGCUAUAGGCUAGCCAAUAGGCUAUAGUUUACUUUAGCAGACAGGGACAUUUUUUGCGAAAUAGAUCAAAGUUUAUAUGGCUGAAUAACUACGAUGGUGCCACGCGCUCUGCAGGAGACUUAAUGAGGCUCCUGCGUCGGCCGAAUAUCUUCUGCGCGCAACUGGUGCAGCAGGUGCAACCAUUGAGUGCAUUUUGAAGAACACAGAGGGUGCUCUCUAAACAGUGCAGUGAUGGAUAUAGCCUACAUAUUUUCUUAUACAAUUGUAAUGGUUUCGCGCUCAUGGGUUGCUUACAGAGUUUGUUUUCAUUUCCUG